GCCCGCCCGCCCGCCCCGGCGGCGGCGGCGGCGGCAGCGACAGCAGCAGCAGCGAGAGGCCGCCCGCCGCCCCUCCGCGCCCCUCCGCGCCCCUCCGCGCCGCUCCGCGCCCCUCCGCGCCCCUCCCGCAAACUUUUACCGGCGCUCCGCCGCUCCUCCCGGGAGGCGAAGCCGGGGCCCUGCCCUCCCCCCGGGCGGCGGCGGGGGCCCUGGGGGGGCUCCCCCGGCUCCUUUUCUCUGCUUCUUAUUGUUUUUUUCCUCUCUUUUUUUUUUUUUCCUUCCCCCCUCGGGGAGGGGUGGGGAAGGGGCUAUAAAGCGCGAAGGGACCUGCGUGACAGUCCCCGCUGCAGCCCGUCCCCGCCGGAGCGGGGGGGUUAGAUAAACACCCGCCCCCCUAAAAAAAAAUUCCCCACCCCCACCGCGGGAGGGACCGGACGGGACGGGACCGGACGCCGCAAGGUAAGGCUCCCUCCAGGUACUGAAAGGCCACAAUAAGGUCUCCUUGCAGCCUUUUCUUCUCCGGGCUGAACAACCCCAACUCCCUCAGCCUGUCUUCAUAGGAGAGGUGCUCCAGCCCUCUGGUUAUCUUCGUGGCCCUCCUCUGGACUCGCUCCAACAGGAUGCUCCUGCUGCGCUGCCCGCUGCUGCUGCUGCUGCUGCCGCUCAGCUCCAGGCCCCAGAAGUUACCGACCAGAGAUGAGGAGCUCUUCCAAAUGCAGAUCCGGGACAAAGCAUUUUUUCAUGAUUCGUCAGUCAUCCCAGAUGGAGCUGAAAUUAGCAGCUACCUCUUCCGAGACACGCCUAAAAGGUAUUUCUUUGUGGUUGAAGAGGACAACACUCCCUUAGCAGUGACAGUGACACCAUGCGAUGCCCCUCUGGAGUGGAAACUGAGUGUGCAAGAACUCCCGGAGGAAGCCAGUGGAGAAGGUUCAGGUGAACCAGAACCUCUUGAGCAACAGAAACAGCAGAUUACUAAUGAGGAAGGCACAGAGCUGUUCUCUUACAAAGGCAAUGAUGUUGAGUACUUUGUGUCCUCUAGUUCCCCGUCUGGUUUGUACCAGCUAGAUGUGCUGUCGACAGAGAAAGAUACACAUUUUAAAGCGUAUGCAACCACUACUCCAGAGUCGGACCAACCUUAUCCUGAACUACCUUACGAUCCCAGAAUCGAUGUCACUUCCCUGGGACGUACAACAGUGACGCUGGCGUGGAAACCGAGUCCCACCGCCUCCUUACUGAAACAGCCAAUUCAGUAUUGCAUAGUCAUCAGUAAAGAACACAACUUCAAAAGCCUCUGUGCUGUUGAAGCCAAGCUCAGUUCUGACGAUGCCUUCAUGAUGGCUCCAAAACCAGGUCUGGAUUUCAGUCCAUUUGACUUUGCCCAUUUUGGCUUCCCUUCAGACAACAAUUCUGGCAAAGAACGUGGUUUCCUAAAAUCAUCAUCAAAGUUUGGGCGCCACACGUCCUCGAAGCCAAGAGCUGACCUGCAUAAAGUUUGUAUCGGGAACAAGAAUAUCUUCACAGUGUCUGACCUGAAGCCCGAUACGCAGUACUACUUUGACAUGUUUGCAGUAAAUACUAACACUAACAUGAGCACCGCGUACAUUGGCACCUUUGCCAGAACGAAGGAGGAGGCUAAACAGAAAACAGUCGAACUCAAGGAUGGCAAAGUUACGGAUGUAUUCAUCAAGAGAAAGGGAGUCAAAUUUCUACGGUUUGCUCCCGUCUCAUCUCACCAGAAAGUCACUUUCUCCAUUCAUUCAUGCCUGGAUGCUGUUCAGAUCCAAGUUAGAAGAGAUGGAAAACUUCUCUUGUCUCAAAACGUGGAGGGUGUGCGGCAGUUCCAGCUUCGGGGAAAAGCAAAAGCUAAAUAUCUCAUUAGGCUGAAAGGAAGCAAAAAAGGUGCUUCUAUGCUGAAGAUCCUGGCUACAACAAGGCCUAACAAGCAGUCGUUUCCUUCUCUUCCUGAAGAUACGCGAAUUAAAGCUUUUGACAAGCUCCGCACGUGUUCUUCGGUCACGGUGGCGUGGCUGGGCACGCAGGAAAGAAACAAAUUCUGCAUCUACAAAAGGGAAGUGGAUGACAAUUACAAUGAAGAGCGGAAGAAAAGAGAGCAGAACCAGUGCUUGGGUCCAGAUACGAGGAAGAAGUCAGAAAAGGUUCUCUGUAAAUACUUCCACAGCCAGAACAUCCAGAAAGCAGUGACCACAGAGACAAUCAGAGGCCUGCAGCCUGGCAAGUCCUACCUGCUGGACGUUUACGUGAUAGGGCACGGCGGGCACUCUGUGAAAUAUCAGAGCAAAUUGGUGAAAACGAGGAAGUUCUGUUAGUGCCCUUGUACAUAGAAAUAUAUGGAACUCCCAUCUGAACGUUAUCCUACUUCCAAGUAUACAGAUUGACUACUUGCACAGCUGCGAAGUUGUGACCUGUAUUUGUACUGUGUAGAAAAGAUAUCAACUUGUAUAUUUAUGUUUACAUAAGUAAUUGGAGGAACUAAGGCUGGUGCUCUCUGGUAGCAUCUGGCAACGGUAUUAUCUUGUCUCCGGUGACCCACAUGUGAUGCUCGGUAGAUGUCCAAGGUAGCAGGAAACCUCGAAGGAACUGGCACUCCUUUGCUUCCAUAUUGCAUGAACUGCUUCUAAAUUAUUUUAUACUUAAAAGGCUGAGAUACAUCAUUUGUCCACCUUGUUAUUCGCACACAAAACUCACAGACAUAUACCCUUUCUCUCAGUGUAGAUGGUAGGGUUUCUGUAAAUUAUUUUAUAGAGUCUUGUUUUAAAUGUUUAUGUUUCUAUGAUUGUAAACUAUUAAAAUAUCUCCCCAAUAAAGUACAGAUCUAAACUAAGUAUUAACUGGGCUGCACAUGAAGCAGUUUCAUUGCUAAUGUAAAUUCUUACCUAGUUGAUUUUCAUGUUUAAAUACUGUAUGUAUUUCAUGUACAAAGUUGCCAUAACGUUAUAUUCCUGUACAUAAAAUUAAAAAUACUAGAUUAUA